CGGAGAUAAUGAUGAUCAUGAAACAGUACCAACGACCUAGGUAGCAAAGUACCAAAGUACGAACUCCGAAUGCCCCCUUUUGAGGACUGAAGAGUGGCUUGUGAAAAUGGCUUGGACUUCAUUAAAGUGGCUGUGAACCACUUACUUUUCCAGCUGAUCUGGACAGCAACGGCCACUAAGAAGCUCGGAAUCAUGCUGCGAUACACCCAGUGGGUACGAGUCGUUGUAUUAAUGAGCCAGAGUACUCCAUACCCUCCUCUAGCGCUUGCACAAGUUCUUCUUCAUAGCUUCGAUGGGGACCCCCCUUUUCAAGUGGCGACUGUAAUACGCAAGUCGCAAUUAGGAGACAAAAGCAAAAAAGGAAAAAAGGGUAGGGGAGAAAAGGAGAUCGGCCCGCUGGAAGAUCGGAGCCUUUGCUUUCCCCAUCUAAUGAACGCAUCCAAAACUGUCAUUUCUUCGACGUCAUGCAGGGUUCAUCGUCUGUGAUGCGCAUCAGUGUAUACUUGCCCAGCAUCUGGAGCUCGAACCUGAGUACCUCUGUUUUUGUCCACAGAGUACCAAUG